CACGUCCUUGCAUCACCACUGCCUCCCAGCGUUCAAGACUCGGACGUCCUAUCACCGCUGAAGCGAGUAAUGACCGCUUGUAUGAAUGGCGCGAACGGGACGAAUGUUGACCCUGUUCUUGACUUACUGGCGGCCGCUGACCUCGAAGGUUUUCCCUUUACUCCGCCUGUGCGCAGCAGUAUUUCACCAUGGAAGACUGCCGCCAAGGUUUUCCUUCUGACGGGCACAUCUGCGCUUCUUCGACUUGGAGUGGCCUUGCAUCCUUUUGAGCCUGACCGAGACAUACUCACUGUCGAAGUACCCGAACCGUUGAUCGUAGGCCCUGAAAAAACGACCACUGCUUACAGAAGACUUACGCAAGCAUCGAUGAAUGCGCUCGGCAAGCGCUUCGUGCCUUCAUCCUACGCUAUGGAGGUGGUCGCGUUUACUCAGCAGCUUGAUGCAGCAAUCGCUUCUGGGGAGUCGCAGCGCCGAGAUGAACGUUUACAUCGGGUCGUAAAACUGAAGGAUGAGAUCGAGCUCCAGAUAUACCUGCUUGAAGUUUUAGGUGACUUGCAGCUGCCUCCGGAUGAAGGAGAUCGCGAUGUGAUGCUCCUUUCUCCCGAUUUUUCAAGAGCACUGGUAGAUUUAUUACGCAAGACGGAUGUCCACGUGGUUCUCAAUUUUCUUUGCGUGCAUGUGCUUGUGAGGUCUUCCGUUUUCGUCUCAAUGGCUGACCCAGAUUUGGAAUGGGCUGUUUCUGCUCAGCUUUUCAACCGUCCAGUCCGACACGUGCAGCGAUGGAGGCUUUGUGUCCGGGCGGCUGCACAAACCCUACCAGACUUGUUCCUUUAUGCUAGUCAUCAGGUAGUGAAAACGGCAGACAGUACGAUCCGGGGUGUUCUCGACAGCGUGCUAAAGCAGGUAAUUACACACGUGGAAUCUCUAAUCUUCUUGGAUGGCCAAACUCGCGUGUUGGCGAAGAGAAUUCUCUCCGACGUUCGUUUUCUUGUAGGUCUGCCGCACUGGCUUAGCGACAUGUCUAAACUAUCUGCAUAUGUCGCGAAGCUUCCCUUGUUUAAUAACCGGGGCAGUUUUUUGAAGUGGCUGUCUGAAGUGAACGAAAUGGUACAAACUUCGACACUUCGUCGUAGCUCAAAAGAGUUUUGGCGAGCUUCGCCCUUUGAGACUGAUUGUUGGUAUGAUCUCCAGCUAAAGACUGUGUACAUUCCUGUCUUACUAGCCAAUUGGACCCUUUAUAGAGUUGACGAGCUAGGCUACUUACACUUACCGCGCCAAGGUCAUCGUGCGGCUCGAUGCCUGCUGAAGAUGCUUUUCGAAGGUGUGUCGUCAUUCUUUAACCGUGAAAUACUCACCCGUAGCUUCUGGUCGUCUUCGGCGAAGACGUCACUCCGUCGCGCACAGCUGUGCCUGCAAGAGCAGGCCCGAGUUCCGGCAUCAAUGUCUCUGUCGCUUCUGGAGGACCACACGGCGCUGAAAAUUAUCCAAGAGCUCUACCAAGGAAACAUCCAUCUCGCUAGCACAGCCACGGCAUCCGGGGGAACUCGCGAUGUUCGCUUGCCAGGCGCUGAAGAUUUUACGGCGGACCACCUGUUCUUUAUUCACUAUUCUCUAGGCUUCUGUAACAGUGACCUUCGCGACGAAGAGCUGGAAGAUCAGGCACGCCUUGUGAAUAUCCCUCUUCGAGGCUCACUUAUGUUUCACGAGGUCUAUGGCUGCCGACCCACGUCCAAGAUGGGUCCGUUGGAUAAGUGCACAGCUUGGGUUGCGGCCGCUAAGCAAAGUGCUCCCACGAGAUCCUGACGCCACGGCUUUGAUUUGUUGCUGACGGACAUUACCUUUCAAAUCGAAAUCUGUGGCUUCUUACACUAAGACUACACGCGAUUAUCCGAGCUUCAAUGCAGCCAGGUCUACUCGAUUUCUUCGUGCUGUGGAAAGCACUAUGAUGAAAGCGCAUGUACGAUAGGUUUUAUGCAGGCGCUACGCAACA